AUGCUAAAUAGAAGAAUAUGGUAUUUAGGAAAUGAUAAAUUAAAGAGAGUUUUUCAAAAUGAUCAAAAAAUUGAGAAUAAUAUUUUUGGAAUACGAUGGCGCAACUUUAGUGGAAUAAUUGGAAAAUAUAAUAAACGAGAUAAGAAAAAAUUUAUUAUAUCAUUAAAUAAAAAUAAAAAAAAUUCAAACGAUUUUAUAGGGGGAAAAUAUCAAGAACAAAAUAUAAAAAAAAGGAACCAAAGUUUUGAAAAAAAUAUAUAUUUGAAUAAAAUAUAUUUUAAGGAUAAAGAAAAAGUAAAAUUUUAUGACAAGACAGAAAUUAUUGAAACAAAUAAUAUAAAAAAUGAUUACAUAAGGGGAAUAUUAAAUAAAAAUAAUAUAUUCUAUAUAUAUACAUAUCAAUAUUUAUUAAUUGAAUUUUUAAAGUAUAAUAAAAUCUUUGUUGAUAUAUUAUAUUCCGAUUCAAUGUUAUCAUAUAUUCUUUAUUCCUUCUAUAAAAUAUAUGUUGAUAAAUCUAUUAGGAGCAAUUCAAUUUAUCACAAUAUUAACACAAGUGUUAAAGGGGAAGUUGAUAUAGUAGACAAAAGGAAAAUGGGGAAAGAAGAAAAUAUAAAUAAAAGUAAAUAUUCAAAUAAUAUAGAAAUUAAAAAAAAAUGUUUGAAUGAAAAUGUGGAUAAUAAAAUUAAACACAUUAGUAAAGCUGAUAAGAAAUGUGAUCAAAUAGAUAAAGAAAAUAGAGUUCUUUUGGUGGGGUGCUCAGAAAAUAAAAUAUCUGAAAUGUAUGAAACGAUAAUGAAUUUUAAAAAUUUAAAUAUAUUAACAUAUAUAAUUUCAAAUGAAGAAAGUAUUAAUAAUAUGUCAAAUAAUAUUUUUUUAUAUAAUAUGUUUUUAAUAAAUUUAGAAAAUUUUAAAGAUGAUUAUGAUUUUAGCAUAUUAAUAGAAUAUGUUAAUUUUAUAGUUAUAGAUGAUAUAUAUGAAAUUUAUAAAAAUAAAAAAUCAAAUUUAUUAAAAAAUAUUUUAAAAAUUUACAAAAAAAAUAAUGAAAAUGACAAAUCUUUUAAAAAUUCGCAAAUCCUGUUAUUGAACAAAGUUCAAGAUGAAUGGAUAAUAAAAGAAAUAAGACAGUAUUUAAAAAGCAUAAACUAUGGAAUAGAUUAUGAAACUCAAUCAUUGAUUGAAUAUUCAUUUAUUAAUAAUAUAAGCCAAGAUCAAACAAACCACAAAAAAAAAAAUAUACCAAUUAGUGAAAUCAAUAAAUUUCAUUAUUUUGAUUUAAGCAAUUAUAAAAAAAAUAAUUGCACACACAUGAGUGUAAAUAUACCUUUUAAUGAUGAUAAAAAAUUUUUAGUUUUAUUUUAUUUGUUAAAUAUAAAUAAAGAUAAAAAAAUUGUAAUAUAUUAUAACAAAAACGACAUAUACUCCUUUUAUAGUUACAUUAAUUCUUAUAUGCCCUGUAUAUUUAUAUCUAAUACAUAUAAAAAUAAUUUUAAAAAUAAUAUUAUUAGCAAUUUUAAUAAAAAUAAUAAUUAUAUUUUAAUUACUGAUGAUCGAAAUAUUAAAAAAUUAAAUCAGAUUAAUGCUAAUCUUUUUAUACAUUAUAAUUUUCCUGAAAAUAUCAGUUCUUACAUAGAUUUAUUAAUUGAUGGAUUUGUAAAAAAAAAAAAAAAUAAAGAUGAAGCAACUAGAAAGGAGUGUAUUUAUAUUAAUGAUGCUAGCGAAAUAUGUCGAAGCGAAAAUAUUUCUGGAAAUAAUGACAAUGGAAAUGAAUUUUGUAAUAUUUUAGAAAAAGGUAUGCAAUCCUUUACCACUGAAAAGAUAUAUUCCAUUUUAUUUUAUAACAAAAAAAAAGUUCAUAAAGAAUAUAAAAUAUUAGAUAAUGUUUUUAAUUUUACAAAUUAUGAAUUGCCUUCUAUGAGAAAUAUAAAAAAUAAUUUCUUAAAUUUUUUGAUCCAUGAAAUUACAAGUGCUAAUAUAGAAAGUGAUAAACAUUUAGAGGAAGCAAAACAUAUUUAUGAAAAAUAUGGACAUAAAUUUAUAUCUGCUUCGUUAUAUUAUAUUAUGGAAAAAAAGUUAUAUAAAAAAAGUUUUAAAAAUAAAGAAUAUACAAAUAUAACAUUUAUUGUUGAAAGAAAUGUAUUUUUAAAUACAAAAAAUAAAUUGAUCGAGUUUUUAAAUCAUUUAUUAAAUUUUAAUAAAAAUGUCGGUGAUAUUAAAUUUUUUAUUCAAAAUUAUUUAUAUAGUAAAAGAGGAUAUAUUAUGUCCCUUCCUGAGAGUAUAUAUAAUAUAAUACAUAAAAAUAAAAAUGACAUUAAAAAUAUAGACAAAUAUAAUAAUAUACAUAUGUACAUUUUGUAUAAUAAUUACCAAAAGCAUUUAAGAACUGGAUCUAUAGUAAGGGGGAAAUAUCAAUCAAAAAAAUCAAUCAGACGAUUAAAGAAAAGAAUGAAUAUAAAACAGGAACAUGCUGAAAUCAACAAAAUGAAGAAUAAAAUAUUUUCAACAAUUAAGUUGAAUAAAAGAAAUGUAAACCCUUGA